GGGGUGAUUUUGGUUAAUUUCAUCAUUUUCCCUUGUCUUAGCAAACUAGCGCUCUCUAGUCAAAUAGUAUCGCACCAUUUGGAUACAUUUUGAAUUCAACAGCCCGUGUGUUUUUGCACAUUGAAUCUUCUACAAUUGUAGGACUUGUUGAAACGACGCUGCGCUGCAAAAAAACUUCCCGUCGCAGUUUCAUUUUCACUUUAAGUGUAUAAAACAACUCGCACUGCGUGACUCCGCAGUUUUAAACGUGACGCUCGUCGUUUGUAUACCUUACUGUAGAUCGGUGUACUUCCCUGGUUCGUUCUCAGUCAGUCUGGAGAGCCACGCCAGAUCGGCCUAUUACUGACCAUUAGGCCUAAAUAUGAGAAACACAGAUAAGUUUCCUCCUGCUUUGAGCUGACGCUGCUGCUAAAGGCCGCCUUCCAGCAUGGGAGACAGGCGUUCACCUGUCGCCUACCUGUCCGAGCUGUCGGACCUCUCUCACUUCCUCCUCCAAACACCUCCAAUCUCUCCUGCGCCGCCUCGGCCUCAUUCGCAGUCUAUGGAGGCACUGGAGUUCCAAAACAUGCUGCUGAAAGUGCAGGAUUCUCUUAGCCAACCUGAGGUGCUGGAGCUGGUCUUCCUCUGCACUGACCUACUCAGGAAAGACCUCAGCACAGUAACCUCAGCCACAGAUCUGUUCUCUCUGCUGCUGAAGGAGGACCUGCUGUCCUCAGAAGACCCUUCUCUGCUCACGGAGCUGCUGAGGAUCAUCAAACGCAACAAACUGAUCCAAGAGCUGUGCUUGGGUACACAGCUUUUAAAAAAACACAUCUCCCCAUACAGAGAGCUGUUGUAUGAGUUGGCAGAGAACAUCUCAGCUAAUGAUCUAAAGAACAUUAAGUUCUUGUUGAGCAAGACUCUACCUCUGAGAGUACUGGAGAAAGACGUGACAAUGCUGCAGUUGUUUCUGGAUUUGGAAAGAGUAGGUCUUUUGGAUGCUGAUCAUCUGGACACUAUAGAAAGAGUUAUUGGCUGCAACUAUCCCCGUUUACAGACAAGAAUCAAACAGUUCAAAAUGAAGACUGAUGCUGGCAUCACUGCUCCAGAGUCAAAGUGGAAGAAUAAAACUGAAUCACAGGACUUUUCUUUCACCAAAACGCCUGUUCAGCCUGUAUCCAUACCUCAAAAUGGGGACCCAAUAUCUGCUGUACACAAGCAAGGUAUGGAGUGUCCAGUGCUGUACCCCCCAUCGUAUUUUUCCCACCCCCAGUCUGCUGAGAUGCCAGCUUCACUGUUAUCUUUCUCAGGUGAUAAUGUGGAGGGACAGGUGGCUAACUUGAGUCUCAGUGAAAGUUCUGAUGAAGUGAAAUCACACCAUGUGGGGUUCACCUCCGUAGUUGAAGAAAAGAACUGUUCUGGCCCUAACCAACAAAGCACUUUGAAACUGGAGGAAUACCCUAUGAAAGGAAAUUGGAGAGGAUUCUGCCUGAUUAUCAACAACUAUGACUUCUCAAAUAGUUGCAUAUCAUUACGCAACAGAGAGGGAACAGACAAAGAUGCAGAAAAUUUAAAGACUGUGUUCAAUUGGCUGGGAUUUACUUCGGAGGUUGUGCGUGACUGCAGUAGAGCAAGUAUGCUGAGGAAACUGGAGAACCUGCGCAGUCGUGACCACAAACAGGCUGACUGUGUGGCAUGCUGUGUGCUGACUCAUGGCUAUGAGGGUGGUGUGUAUGGGGUGGAUGGGAUGAAGGUGGCGCUGAAGGAGCUGAUGGAUCCUCUGUGCGGACAUCAGUGCUACGCCCUCAGUGAGAAGCCCAAACUCUUCUUCAUCCAGGCCUGCCAGGGUUCAAACGAGCAGCAGGUGGUGUUCCUGCAAUCAGACGGCCCUAACGACAGCAUGGAGAUGGGCACAGUCUGUGAUGCUCGUGUGCCCAGAGAGUCCAUACCCUCAGGUGCUGACUUCCUCCUGGCCAUGUCCACGGUGCCAAACUUUGUUUCAUACAGAGAGAAAAUGAGCGGAACUUGGUUCAUACAGUCAUUGUGCAAGAACCUGCAACAGCUGGUGCCAAGGGGUGUUGAUCUGUUGUCGAUUCUGACUCAAGUGAACAAUGAUGUGAGCAGCAAGACGGACAAAACUGGACAAAAAAAGCAGAUCCCGCAGCCAGAAUUCACUCUGAGAAAAAGAGUCGCCUUCCCCAUUCCAAGCAGCUCUCCACCCUCUUAAAAUUCUUUUAACAGGAAUGUCAUCAGGACUGUUACUCACAGCGAUACACCUUUGUCAUUUGCAUAGCACACAAACAUAUACUUUUUUGAAAGACACAUUAGUAGAUGGAUAAUGAUCAUGUAAGUGUCUCCUAAUAUUACAUGUUGCAUACUUGUUUACCAAAUUGGAUGGGAAUCUUAAACAGAUGUGAUAUUAAAUGUGUAAAACAUUAAAUGAAAUGACAGGCUUACGGGUAAGUCAUAUAAAAUGACAGGUCUGACUGUAUUGCAUGUGUUUUGUAAAGAAUUUUAAAAUGUUUUUUUUUUACAAACAGUAAAUUUUACAAAUAUAUUUUAAUUACCAAAUAAUUCCACUAUUUUCAUAUGGAUCAAUUCAUGGACUAUGGUUUCAUGCAUACUGUUUUUUUUCCCUUGGUCAAGUUAUCUAAUUUGCUUGUCUUGCAAUAUGAUUCUUUAUUGUCUAUAUCUCAUUUAUUUUCUCUUGGCUCGUUUCUGUUUUUUUAUUUUUCUUCGUAGUUGUAAUCUAUACAUUGAUUUACCAUAUAUUUUCUUGAUUUCACAAAUGGCUUAUAGCCAAUGAUUUGUGAAAGUAAGGCAUUUUCUUGCAUAUUUUAGUUUAGUUAUGCAUAGGUGAUGGUUUACUGUAGUUUCAGUUAUUUCAUACUCCAGUUUUCACACUCCAAUUUUAAGGUGGAAAAUCAGGCGUUGCAGUGUAAAUCACCCUGCAUUAAUCAAAGUGCAGAAUGCAGAAUGGUGCUGUUUUCAUGAUUCAUAAACAUAAGUAAAGGAACCAGAUGCCUGGUUGGAACCAGCUGAAUCCUGAAGUACAUCAAUCAUUGCCUGAUCAAUAACUGGUGUCAAUAAAAUAUGCUUCAGCAACUGAGAUGUUUUCUCAUUUUGCUUAGGUAAUGCAGUUUUGUUUAUGCUAAAUGUUGAGGGAAGUUACAGUGCUUGAAUUAAAUUGUCCAAGCUACAGAUAGCUUUAGUUGUAAGAACACAUGCAUUUGGUGUUUUGUAUUAUAAGGUGAUGACUGUUUAAAAAUAAAAAAGUGAGCAUCUGAA